AUGGCACGGAUAAAGGCCAAGGCCAAGAGGCGCAGCAGAGCGAAGACCUGCCUCCUGUCCCUGCAGCAGAUCUCCCAUGCCUCUGCUGCUGUGGCCAGCGUGUUCUCCAUCGUGGUGUUCGGCUCCAUCGUGAACGAGGGCUACCUCAACAGCUCCUCAGAGAGCGAGGAAUUCUGCAUCUACAACCGCAACUCCAACGCCUGCGGCUACGGGGUGACCGUGGGCGUGCUCGCCUUCCUCACCUGCCUGCUCUACCUGGCCCUGGACGUGUACUUCCCGCAGAUCAGCAGUGUGAAGGACCGCAAGAAGGCCGUCCUGUCCGACAUUGGCGUGUCGGCCUUCUGGGCCUUCCUCUGGUUCGUGGGCUUCUGCUACCUGGCCAACCAGUGGCAGGUCUCCAAGCCCAAGGACAACCCGCUGAACGAAGGGACGGACGCUGCCCGGGCCGCCAUUGCCUUCUCCUUUUUCUCCAUCUUCACGUGGGCGGGCCAGGCUGUGCUGGCCUUCCAGCGAUACCAGAUUGGCGCCGACUCGGCCCUCUUCUCCCAGGACUACAUGGACCCCAGCCAGGACUCCAGCAUGCCUUACGCCCCCUACGUGGAGCCCAGCGCCGGGCCAGACCCCACCGGCAUGGGCGGCACCUACCAGCAGCCGGCCAACACCUUCGACACUGAGCCCCAAGGCUACCAGUCUCAGGGCUACUGAGCCGCAGUGACCGGCUGCCCCUGCCCUACCCCAGCUGCCCCCUGCCCUCUCCCUCCACACCCGACCCUCUGCUCCCUCCCAGGCUGCCCUGCUUAGUGCCUCCAGGUGGUUUCACUGAGGUCCAGGGCAGCUCGGGUGGGAUGGGGCAGUAGGUGUUGGGGCGAUAUCCCAGUAAGUUGUGUCCAGCAGGCCCCUGGGGGGUUUGCAUUCAUUCUUUGUGUCUUCGAGCAAUCAUUGAGCACCUACUGUGUGUCAGGCCUGUUCUGGGCAGAGUGGCGAAAGACAAAUGGUUCCCGGAAAGGGGGAAGAGAUGUAGAGGGGGCCCUGCGGGUACCAGAGGGAAAGGUCGGCCGGGAAUGUUUGGCUAUGGUGUGUGACUGGGGGCUGUCACCCACUAGGAUUGACACAGUCCCCCUGCUUGGAGUGUUUGGGCCGUCUCCAUGUUAUGGUUGAGGAAACUGAAGCGUGGAGAAGUCAAGAAGCCCAGUGUCACUCAGGCAGCCAGUGAUGGAGGUGCAACCAAGGCCAGGCUGCCCGACUUCAGAGCACCUGCUGUCCCCUGUCCUCCCUGCCUCCCCCUAUCCCUGAGCCAGGGGCUCCACUGCUCAGUGCUACUGUCACUCUAGGAGGCCUUGGGGACCUCAGCCCGUGAGACACCCUGAUUCUGCUGCAAGCCAGGGGCCUAUUCUGCCCUGACUGUUCCCCCUAGCGGGACAGCUCUGCCUCCAGGCCCCUCUCCCCACAUCUCAUGACCCCUCUCCGGCCUCCUCCCAGGGCAGGAGAGCCGAGAGGGCUCGCCUCACUCCCUCGGUCCCCUGUCCUGCUCUGUGCUGUGCUUAUCCCAUCGGGAUCUCCAGCACCCCUUCAUGGUCUCCUGAAGGACUGACUGCUGUCCCUGCCUCUAGAAGGGGCUUGCUAAAUCCCUGCCUGGGGCUGGAUGGACAAGGAGGCCCAGAACGGGGAGCGACCGGCCCAAGGUCACAGUGAGUGAGUGGCAGAGCUGGGCUUGCUACCUGGGCUUCUUGGCCCCAGGCACCCAGCAGGUGCCCCAUUCCCUGCCCUUGUGACCUCCCAGGAAACAGAGCUGAUCUGGGACACUGUGUCAUCUUCCCCUCAUCCGGGCUCAGCCAGGGAUAGUCAAGGACAUGGAGGGUCCCUCUUCUGGCCUUCCAGACGGCCUGCCAAGGGUCUGGUCUCUCUGUGGGAGGACAGGGGCUCUAGACCCAGCAAGGCCAGCCUGCAAGCUGCUGCCAUGGGACAAAGUGUCCCCAGGGUGAAUGGUGAGAGCCCUUGGUACAUAUGAAAGGCUCAGGGAGGCCACAGGCUGAAGGGGAGAAGGGCAGGUGUCCCCAAGGGCACAGGGAGGGUUGUAGAGGGCAGGGAGGGACUCUGGCACAACCUGCGCUCUUCACUGAGUCUUAAGGGAUGAGGAGGCCUUGAAGAGGGGAGAGAGGUGUGGGAGACCUGGGGCCCAGCAUCCACCAGCCAGUCCUCAGGGAGCAGGGCAACGGGGUUGUGGACGUUCCCACCACCAGCCCCCACAAGAACCCGAAGAGGCAGGUACUAUUCACUCACCUGCCUUUUGGUUCAGCAGUUAUGAGACAUCUGUGCCAGGGAUAGUGUGAGGGUAGGGUCCCUGCCCCAAGGAGCAGAUGUCAGAUAUGAGCAUUAAACCAAUAUCUGUACCCAGGGUCCAUUACAGGGUGAAGUGCUAUUCGAGUGCAUGACGGGCUGAGGGCCCUGAGGAGCGGCCCUGCGGAUGGGCAGGAGUUAGCCUGGAAACCAGGGCAGGAGGGGGGAUUUCCCAGGCAGAGAAGUAGCAUCAUUGUCCCCACUUAACAGAAGGGGAGAAAGGCUCAGAGCCUGUGAGUGAGUUAGUGAAGCAUGGAUUGGGUCUGGUCACGUCCUCCCAAGGGACAGCAGUGACAGGAGAGGACCCCAGACAGCCGAGUGACAGCUGCUUGUUGCUGACUUUGGUUUUCCAUGUCUGGGGAAGGGGCUGUAUCUAUGGUUCUCUCCCUUGGGUGGCCCAAGUAGGGACAGGAUGGGAUCAUAGUAUCUGCCAGGCUGAGCAGUGGAACCUGUACCAGCCCAGAGGUUUGUGAAGCAGAUGAAGGUAUGGGUGGGCAUGGGUUUUUCUGGCAGAGAGAAGUUCUGUGCCAACGCAGGAUGCUGUGAAAAGCCCACUCCCUCGCCCACUCCCCACCAAAAGCCUCCCUUGCUGAUGGGCAGUGGAGACCUAAGGAUGCUGCCCAUCUGUUCUCCCUGGGUGCUGACCAGCUGCUGAUGAUGCUGGGCUAGAGGGCAGGGUACCAUUUAAGCUUCACCCAACCCCUGGGUGUUUAUUACAGUCUCUCCCUGCCACCCCAGAAUGGGAAGUUUAUAAGACCCCUGCCAGGAGUAGGGGGUGCUGAAUCAUCUCAGCAUCCUCCACUCGUCCUGGGUGCAGCCCAGACAGGAUUGGUCCUACUGUCAAGCUGUGCGGUAGGGAAGGCGAGAAACAGUGGAUGAGAGAUUUGGAGGGCAGGAUAUGAUUGUGACCCGGGGCUCCUGACUCCCCUGCGGGGUGGCUGGUGGGGAAGCCUUGCCCCUGUUGGCUGAGGAUAACCUCCUGGGGGCCUCAAGCUUAGAGCCUGUGCUCACAGGCCAGCGGUAUCCCUUUUUCCCUUCCUGCUGCCCUCUUCUGCCUCCCCUUUGCUUCCAAGCCCUUCCUUGGAGAAGGGCACCCUUGCAGCCUGACCUUGCUGAGUUUGGGCUCCCUCCUUCCAUCAAGCGCAAGAAAGGACCAAGGAAAACUGGGUUCCACAUAAGUUUAGAGCUGCAAGGAUGCUUAGAUGUGGAGAGUUGGGCCAGGAAGACAGUGACUUGUCCAAUGUCAAGCACAGAGCUAGAGUUUCGGGAUCCAGGUCUUCUGCCUCAGAGUUGACACUGAUCCUGCACAGUCACAGGCCAUCUGCCUCGGUGCGGCUUCUGGUCCACCUAGGGGUGUAAUAGUUGAGGGACUAAUUCCCAGAGUACCGGCUUCUGUUCCCCACUCCAAACUUCCCUGGUGAUUCUUGACCUUCAAAGACUCUUGGGGGUCCCAGGCUUCCCCCAUGUAACCAAGAGCCCCCAUAUUACCCUUCAGGGGCCCCCAACCUUGGCCCAAGACCCCUUUGAUUCUCUUAAGGAGCACAAAGGGGGAACACCUCUCCUAAGAGUUUGUGGGAGGAUGGACUUGUCCAUCCAUCUCCCAGCGCUGCCCCUUGAUGUGAUACUCCCCAUCUCCUGGUGCCCACAGCCCUUGUCUGGGUGCCCCGGCCCUUCCCGCAGCAUUACUGCCUGUGUAUAGUAUAAAUAUAUAUAUAUUUUCUAUAUAUAAGAUGUAUAAUAUAAGGCUCCACAAAUAUAUCUGUGUGUGUGUGUGUGUGUGUGUGCAGUGAAUGGCGGUCCCCAUCCUGGGCCCCGACUCUAGACUCCCCCACCACCUGGUUAAGUCUCAAGAGUGAAUCCAGUGGCCCCUUGGCACCCUCCUUUAUGACAUCCAUCCAUUUGUGGUGAACCAAGUGAAGGUGGUGACUUCUGGUGACAUAGUAAUAAAGUGAAGACUCAAAACCCACCAGCGGA